AUCAGCUGUGGCUGUCAAGCAAGUUAGGUUAGAAAGUAGGUGUAUGUGCAAUUUUCGAGUGAAAAAUCAAAAUUAUUCACUGUUUUUGACCUGGCAAAUGUUAGCAGUUGAAUCAUCAAGGACCGUCUACAGUUAAAUGCACAAGUUUGAAAAUGGUAUUGGUUUUAAAUGGCGUACUGCAAGAGGACUGCCCUCCUGACACCCGAUCUCUGUAUCACACGCAUCCAAUAUAUCGGGAAACGGCCGCCCAGCUCCUGGCCAUCCCGAACAAAGUCAUCGGACCAGUUGGCCUUCUCUACGUAAUGCAACGGGAAUUUGCAGCUACAGUGCCUCAUGAUAAAAACGUUAGUAUUCUAGGAUCGGAUGACGUUACGACAUGUAUUAUAGUUGUCGUCAGACACUCAGGCUCAGGUGCAGUAGCUUUAGCACAUCUGGACGGGUCUGGCAUCGACGAGGCCGUUUGUAAUAUGAUCCAGAGGGUACAGGAGUUAGCAAUGGGUUAUCCUGAAGGACGCAUAGAACUUCAGUUGGUUGGGGGGUUUAGCGAUGCUCAUCAUUUUUCUGAAGACUUAUUCUAUAACAUUAUGACAUCUUUUCACAAACAGCAAAUAGAAAUUGACUUGACCCUCGCUUGCGUUGGAGAACUGAACACCACCGUGAGAGGGGGAAUUCACUGGCCCAUAAUUUACGGUGUUGGUGUCAAUAUUAAAACAGGAGAAAUAUUCCCUGCCACUUUUCCAGAUAAAGGUCCCGACCAGGCCCUACGUACUGCCAGGCAAUUGACAGGACUUAGUCAGGUACUGGAUGUCUACGAUAGUAACUUGGGACUGUUGAGAAUCGGACCAUUUAAUUACGAACCACUCAGAGGGGUCGAUUUGUGGUUGGAACAAAGUGACGAAUUUAUUCUGCAACAUUUAGCAACUUCUCCGGAAGUGGAAUCGCCACAUUUUGUAAUGCAGAUACGAACAGCCCUUAAAUAUAUCCAAGACAACCAGUUCCCUGCGGUGACUGUUUUUCGUGAUAAUAGACCACAUUAUUUCAGAAGAGAUGAACAUUCUGGCUUGUGGCAACCUUUCCGAUAUUAGCUACUUAGUUCUUUUUGCAAAAUUUACUUACUUAUGCUACUAUAUCAUGUAAGAACAUCUACUUACACAAAAAAAUCGGAAAUCAAUUGCAAAACUAUCACAAACAAGUAAAUGUUACUACUACACUUU